AUGGGCCUGCUUGUCGAGUAUGGAGAUUAUAUUCUUUCCGGUUUUGUGCUCGCCGUAAUCAUCCGCAUCUUCACAUCCAGGAAGACUAUACGACGGAACGGUGAAGCGUUGAGGACCCCGCCAGGUACCCUACCUUUAGUUGGUAACAGCAUCAAGUUCCUUCAGCCUCGUUGGGACCUGCUCGACUGGUUCAACAAAUGUCAGUGUCAGUUUGGCUACGAGACAUUGGCCCUCACUGUGCCCACUUUCCCUUCCGCAGUCCUCAUCCAAGAUCCUCGGAAUCUGGAGUUCGUCUUCAAAAAUGAGAGCUUGUUUACCAAGGGCGCGUUUGUGAAACGCCGUUCUUGGGACUUGUUCGGAAAUGGCAUCAUUAAUGCCGAUGGGGACUUCUGGAAGCUGCAGCGAAAAGCCGGCUCAGCAUUUCUCAACACGGCCAACUUGAAAGUGCUCACCGAUGUGUUACUUCCUCGGUACAUAUCUGAGAGUCUCGACGACUUGCACUUGAGCACUAAGCGAGACACGGUGGAUCUUCAGCAUGUCUUCCAUGAGAUAACCACUAAGCUCAUGGGUAAAAUGGCUUACAAUAUGGAAAUGCAUGCUGACGAUAUCUUCUCCCAAUCCUUUGACUUCGCCUCCGGUGCAACCGCGAAACGUUUUCAGAACCCUCUAUGGCUCGUUACUGAAUAUUUCUUGGGCUCUGAAUUCCGGAGGUCAGUAUCAGCCGUCAAGGAAUUCGGCCGCCACAUCGUCGCCAAUGCGGUCCAAGGCCGAGAGGAGCAGACUGCGAAAGACGAACCUACGGACCCGGAUAGCAAAGUUGACCAUAUCUCGGGUUCCCUCAUCCGGUCUCUACUUGAUGCGCUCGGGGAUGAGCAAAUUGUUGCUGACGCCGCCUUGAACUACCUUUCUGCCGGCCGCGAUACUACCGGCCAAGCCCUCACUUGGACCUUCUAUCUCCUCCUCCAGCACCCUGAAGCGGUCACCAAGAUCCGGGCCGAGGUCCAAGACCUUCUCGACCAACAAAUGCAACAACAGCCAGAUUCUCCCUCACCUACACUCAUCACCAGCAGCAACCUUCCUAUACUCAACGCCGAUCUAACGCUCUUCACGCCACAAUCUCUCCCCUACACAACUGCCGCAUUUCAUGAGGCACUCCGUCUGUAUCCACCCAUCCCUUUUGAGUUCCGCCAAGCACAAGCCGACACCACCCUGCCCGACGGCACCUUCCUGCCACGCCACUCGGUGGUAAUGUGGUGCUUGUGGGCAAUGCAGCGAUCACAGUCAACAUGGGGAUAUGAUGCGGAGGACUUCCGACCCGAACGGUUCUUGGUGUGUGACGAUGAACACCAAGGCCAAGGUCAAAGCCAAACCCAAGACGAUCACCUAAGCGAAAAUAAAAAGAAUUCCCGGCACUUCGCCGUGGGCAAGUCAACCAGUGAGUUUCCCGUCUUUCACGGCGGUGUUCGCACGUGUUUGGGGCGCAAGAUGGCCGAAGCCAUCGCCGUGCAGGUUAUUCCCAGUGUGGUCUGGGGAUUUGAUCUAGAACAGGGGUGGGAGGGUCCUCUGGAAGGGAGACGAAGUCACACAAGUCUGACGCUGCCCAUGGAGGGCGGAUUACCUGUGAAGGUGAGAAGGAGGGUGGUGGAUUGA